ACCAGUGAAAUCCAGCAGUACAAAACACCAAUAAAGAAGUGACAGUAAAACUUGGAAUAUUUUUGAAGAAAUUUUAUUUUUUUGGUUUUAUUGGAAUUGUGUUAUUGCAUCGCAAGGAAUGAACGAAAUUAAUUUCAUUUCUUGCGUUUUAAAUUGUCGCGUUCGUGUUGGCAAUGAUGUUGGUACAAUCAAAUUUAUUGGAGAGCUGAAACACCAUUCAGGAUUAUGGUAUGGCAUUGAAUGGGACGAUCCGAACCGGGGAAAGCAUAAUGGCUGUGUCGAUGGAAUACAAUACUUUUCAUGCGAUGAACCAUUGGCUGGCUCGAUGAUCCGACCAGAAAAAGUGCGUCGCUUUGAAACGGUUCGUGAUGCAAUCGAGAACAGGUACAUCCUCACUCCGAUCGAAGACGAUUUGAAUUUCGAUGAUUUUCAAAUGGUGAUCGGUGCACCCCUCAUGGAAUUCGUUGGUGUGGAAAAGACGUGGAAGAAGCAGAGUGACAUGAAGGCCUUAACUCACGUAGUUCUACCUGAUUCGAAUGUGAAUGCUCCCGGAGACCUGACUCCGUUGAAAAAUCUGAGUGAAUUGGUGCUGAGUGCGUCAUUGAUCUGGAAUUGGCAGACUGUUGGCGACAUCGUCAAGCAAAUUCCAUCGUUAAACGUUCUGGAUUUGUCCAAAAAUCGCAUCAAACAACCGACAAGCGCAGAAAUAUCGGAGCUGCAACCAAUUUUUGUGUUUUUGAAGAGUCUGCAUCUGCAAAACUGUAAAAUGAAGUCGUGGACUGACGUUCUGUAUGUGGCUCAGCUGUGGCCGUUCAUCGACAAUUUGUCGUUGCAUGGAAAUGAAAUUGUACGACUAGUGGAACCGGACCUGACUAACAUUUUCAAAAAUUUACAAUCGCUGGACUUGAGCAACAAUAAAAUUUCCAAUUUCAACGAAAUCGUUAAACUGGGAAAAAUUGAAACAUUGAGAUGUCUGAACGUUGCUGGCAAUGGAAUUAAACGCAUUGAACUACCUGAAUGUCGACCUGAUCAACAGCUGAGUAUUUUUGUGAAUUUAGUCGAGCUUAUACUCCGGGACAAUCCGAUUGAAGACAAGAGCUUUGCAUUCAAUGAACUGGACAAACUUCCCAUGCUCAACAAUCUGUCAAUGUCACGGAAAGGGGCCGACUUCAAAGACAUGUUUUCGGAUGGUGCGGCCAGAAUCUCACGACUCAAAACACUGAACAACAUUCGCAUAUCGGACGUGGAUAGACGUGGCGCUGAAUACGAUCUGCUCAAAAUGUACGGUCCGAAAAUGUUGCUGGCCAAAGACGAACUGGCCAAGGAAAAUUUAUUCAGAGAAUGUCGAGCGCUCUCCGUUAUAUUCAAAAAAUAUGGAUCACCAGACGAACUACUCACUCCCGCCCCGAAGGUAUCGAAUGUGAUCAACAUUGAAAUCCAAACGAUUCCAUUCACAAAGACCGUCAAGAAACGUUUACCGCGCAAGAUUACAGUACAAGCGCUACAGGGCAUCAUUUCGAAGUUAUUCAAUCCGAGAGGCAGUGAACAGCCGAAAUUGAGCUAUUUGGAUCAGAAGAAUCCGGAUAUUCGCGUGGAAUUGGACAAAGUGUCGAAAAGUUUGGAUUAUUAUUCGAUACAGGACGGUGAUGUUAUAUUGGUGGAGUGGUGAUUUGGAGACACGUUUCCGGUUAAAUUUUUUAUUUAUUUUAUUACACACAAACUACACGAAGCGACUAAGAGACAUUCUUUUGAAGAGUUUUCGGAUUUUUCUUUUGAGAUUUUUAUUUCUUUGCUUUUUUUACGAGGUGGAGUUACACGCAAUGUGCAAACAAUAAAUAAAAUUCUUGUUCCCAGUCA